CAACCCCAAUUUCUCAUCAUCAAUCGAAUCAAUCGCAUUUACAUACUUUGUCUCUCAUAAAAAAAAUGGCACCAAAAGCAGAGAAAAAGCCCGCCGCUGAGAAGAAACCCGCCGCCGAGAAAACUCCGGUGGCCGAGAAAGUUCCGGCAGAGAAGAAGCCAAAAGCCGGGAAGAAGCUCCCAAAGGACGCCGCCGGAGCUGCCGACAAGAAGAAGAAGAGGGCAAAGAAGUCAAUUGAGACUUACAAGAUCUACAUCUUCAAGGUGCUGAAGCAGGUACAUCCCGAUAUCGGAAUUUCAAGCAAAGCUAUGGGGAUCAUGAACAGUUUCAUCAACGAUAUCUUUGAGAAACUUGCUCAGGAAGCUUCUAGGCUUGCUAGGAUCAACAAGAAGCCGACGAUUACUUCAAGGGAAAUUCAGACUGCUGUGAGACUUGUGCUUCCUGGUGAAUUGGCUAAGCAUGCUGUUUCUGAGGGUACUAAGGCUGUUACCAAGUUCACUAGCUCUUGAAGAAUUUGGGGAAAUUGAAGAAAUUAGGGUUUUAUGUGUUUUAUGUGGCUGUGUUAGUGUUUGUUUUAGGUGUAAAAAUAGUUUAAUUUCUGUGUCUUAGUGUUAAUUAGCUUCCUUUGUACGCUCCUCGUGUAAAGUGGAUUUGCUAGUUAAUCAUCUAUGGAAAAUCUAUCAGUUUUUGUUGA